AUGACGUACUCCUACGAAGCCGAGACGGGCGAGUACUCCGCCUCCGUGACCGUGGUGUGGAACCGCGUCCACCACGUGGACACGGUCGCCGUCCGCCUGUACAAGUGCUCCAUCCUCGGCUCGCACCGGGACCAUCCCGACUGCUCCCUCUGCCUCACCCGUCAGCGGGAGUACAACUGUUCGUGGUGCGGGCACUCCUGCUCUUACGCCCCCACGUGCGGGCACCCGCCCACCAGGGAAUGCCCUCGACCCAGGAUCGACCUCAUCCAGCCGCUGAGCGGUCCGGUCGAAGGAGGGACGCUGGUGAGGAUCGAAGGCUCGAACCUGGGUCUGAGGAGAGAGGACGUGGAGGGGAGGAUCAGGGUGGGGGGACAGCCCUGCCAUCUGGUGGACUACGAGGUGAGCGUGAGGAUCACGUGCAGGACGUCGCCGGCGCCGGGUCCGGUAUCAGCUCCCGUGGAGGUUGGGAACAAUGCGGGAUUCACGCAGUCCACCGUCCGGUUCUCUUAUCGGGAGAUCAAGGUGGAGGGAGUCUACCCCGCGAAGGGACCCGAGAGCGGCGGGACGAUCCUGUCGAUCGUGGGCGAGGACCUGAACGUGGGAUCGUCGAUCCGUGCCUACCUGGACGGGCUCCCGUGCACCCUGAUUCCGGGGGGAGGGUCGUCGUCGAGGGUCACGUGCAAGACGGCGCCGAGCCAGGGUCCCAGGGUCAUCCAGUCGCUGACGCUUCACGUGGACGCGGCGAAUCGGACGCUCCCGGGGAAUCCGUUCAACUAUACGAAGGAUCCUACGAUCAUGGAGAUCAAGCCGCUCAAGAGCUUUGCGAGCGGGGGUCGGCUGAUGACGGUGCACGGGACGAACCUGGACUCCAUUCAGCGACCCGAAAUGGUCGUCUACAUGCAGGACACCCCGAAUCCUCUUAACAAAACCGUGUGUGCCGUGAUGAGCAGUUCGUACAUGGAAUGCCCGUCCCCGCCGGUGGCGCUGGAUGCCCUCGUGCCCUUGGCGGAAGGGGAAGGGGAGGACGAGCGGCAGAGGCGGGGCGUGCCGCACCGUCCGCCGGUCUUCGCCAUCCCGUUUGGCGUCCGGGUCGGGUUCAUCAUGGACCAGGUGGCGAGCGUCCAGGACUUGACGGACCACUUCCCGAACCUUCGAUCCACGCUGCUCUACGUCCAGGAUCCCAAGUUCUACCAGUUCCCCAGCCUGGUGAAGCUCUACAAGGGAGACACCCUCGUCAUCGAGGGCGAGAAGCUGAACCUGGCGGCGGACGAGUCGGACGUGAACGUGACGAUCGGGACGGAGGCGUGCAACGUGACGUCCCUGGCGCUGACCCAGCUGGUGUGCACGCCGCCGGACCACCAACCCCCCGGCACGGACGAGAUCGGCCUGAAGACGAAGGAGGGCCUCCCGAUGGUCGUGGUCCGAGUGGGCGUGAACCUCCGCUACCCCAUCGGGUACCUCCAGUACGAGAUGGUGAAGCCGUACGAGUUCCCGCCGGUGGCGGUGGGAGGGAUGGCGGCCGGCGGGGCCUUCCUCAUCCUCCUCUCGCUCGCCAUCCUCAUCGUCUAUCGGCGGAAGAGUACCCAGGCGGAACGGGAGUACAAGAGGAUCCAGAUCCAGAUGGACACGCUCGAGUCCAACGUCCGCUCCGAAUGCAAACAAGGAUUUGCCGAUGCGAAUGACUCUCUCCCUCGUGCAGCGUUUGCAGAGCUCCAGACGGACAUGACGGACGUGACGGCAGACCUGGAGAGUUCGGGGAUCCCGAUCCUCCCGCACAAGGCAUACGUGAUGAAGGUGUUCUUCCCGGGCGUGUCGGACCACCCGAUCCUCAACGACCCGAAGAUGCGGAUCACGGGCCCGCGGACGAACUACGACACGGCCAUGGUGCAGUUCGAGCAGCUGAUAAACAACAAGUUCUUCCUGCUGACGUUCGUGGAGACGCUGGAGGCGCAGAAGUCCUUCACGAUCCGCGACAAGGUGAACGUGGCCUCGCUGCUCAUGGUGGUGCUCAUGGGGAAGAUGGAGUACGCGACGGAGGUGUUGAGGUCGCUGCUGCUGAGGCUCAUCGACCGGACGGUGGGGACGAAGUACCCGCAGCUGAUGCUGCGGAGGACGGAGAGCGUGGUGGAGAAGAUGCUCACCAACUGGAUGGCGCUCUGCAUGUACGACUACAUGAAGGAGUACGCCGGGUCCUCGCUGUUCCUCCUCUUCAAGGCCAUCAAGCACCAGGUGGAGAAGGGGCCGGUGGACGCCGUCACGCACGAUGCGCGGUAUUCGCUCUCGGAGGAGAAGCUGCUCAGGGAGCAGCACGAGUACAAUCCUGUCACGAUCCACCUGGUCCAAGACGAUCCGCACUAUGAAAAGAUCCCCUAUCAAACCUAUCAAAGCCUGCAGGUGGUGCAGGAGGAGCUGGACGAGAAGAUCCAGUGUCGGGUGCUGGACUGCGACACCAUCAGCCAGGUGAAGUCGAAGAUCCUGGACGCCCUGUACAAGAACACCCCGUUCUCCCUCCGUCCCUCCAUCUACGAGGUGGACCUCGAAUGGCGACACGGGAGGGGAGGACACCUCAUCCUCCAGGACGAGGACCUCACCACCAAGACGGUGAACGGGUGGAGGCGGCUCAACACCCUCGCUCAUUAUGGAGUCCGGGAAUCUGCUGUGAUGUCUCUUGUGCCUAAACAGAGCCCUACUUUCCCUUCCAAACCCUGCCACAAUUGCUCGAGUACGUACACGAUCCCGAGGUCCCUUUCCCCGUUGUUCUCGAACGGGGACGUGGAAACGGGAUGCGGGGGGAACCUGUACCACAUGGUGCGACCUCUGGACGAGUGUCAUUCGAAAGGCGAUCGCGAACGAGGACCCAAGGCCAUCCCCGAGAUCUUCCUCACCCGUCUCCUCUCGACCAAGGGAACGGUGCAGAAGUUCGUGGACGAUCUCGUGAGCACCGUUCUCAGCGUGAACGAGGCGCUUCCACCUGCCAUCAAGUGGCUCUUCGACCUACUCGAUGAUGCUGCCCGCCGACACGGCAUCUUCGACCCCGAAGUCGUCCACGCCUGGAAAUCCAACAGUCUUCCUCUGAGGUUCUGGGUGAACUUCAUCAAGAACCCCGACUUCAUGUUCGACAUCAACAAGACGACGACGGUGGACUCGUGCUUAUCUGUGAUCGCCCAGACCUUCAUGGACGCCUGCUCGACGACCGAGCAUCGCCUGGGCAAGGACUCUCCCUCCAACAAGCUCCUCUUUGCCAAAGACAUCCCGUGUUACAAGCGAAUGGUGUGCAAGUUCUACGCGGACGUGGCCGCCCUCCCGCAGGUCACGGACCAGGAGCUCAACUCGGCCAUGCAGCAGCUGAGCAUGGCGCAUCUCGGCGAAUUCGACGUCGUCUCCGCCCUCAAAGAGCUUUAUAUCUACGUCUCCAAGUACAGCGAUGCGGUGAGUCGUCGGUUAUCGGUCGAAGACGGAUCCCAUCUCGUUCGGUACUUGCAUAAUUAUUUUUUUUCCGUCGUGCAGAUCCUGGACGAGUUGGAGACGGAGCACCACUGCAAGAAGCUGCACCUUGCUCACAAGCUGGAGAACGUGGCCUGCACUCUCCAGGGCGAAGAGACGUCCACGUGUUGA